AUGGUGUUGUGUGGAUUCUUCUCUGAUCCCAUGAAUGGAAGCAAAUCAAGUUCUAACAAGAAAGGAACCAACACUUCACCGGUUAAAACGGUCCGAACAGAUAUGCGGUCCACAUACUCAUCAGACCUGAAGUCUUACACAUCCGCUUGUCAAAAAGACCCUAGCCUCAAAUCCUUUGAUUCUUUACUUCACCAACGAACCAGCAGAGUCCUCAACUCGCUUGCUGCUCGAGCCGAGGCUCAGUCUUUAUCUCUAGAUCCACUCAUGGAGGUCUACGGGUUUCUUCUUGAACUAAGCCAAGAUGCGGUAAGUGUCAUCAUUGAAAGCAGAGAAGAUGUGUGGAAGAACAAAGAUCUAAGGUCUUUGGUUGAUGUCUACUUCAAAAGCACCUCCAAAACCUUAGAUUUCUGCAAUACCGUCGAGAACUGCGUCAAGAAAACAGAGAUUAGCCAACUUAUCAUUCGAUUCGCGGUGAAACAGUUUGACGCAGAGUCGGUAGACACGGAUCUUGGAGGAAGCAAGAAGAAGUAUGCGAAAACACUAGAGGAGCUGAACAAGUUUAAAGCCAUGGGAGAUCCUUUUGACGGCGACUUCGUGACUCAGUACGCAUCGGUCUACGAGGAGCAGGUUUUGCUUCUGGAGGAGUUACGUAAGCUGAAAGUAAAGCUUGAUAAGAAACAGAGGAAUGUAAAGACAUGGAGAAUAUUAUCGAAUGUUGUUUUCGCGACUGCCUUUGUCUCUGUACUGGUCUUAUCAGUGGUUGCAGCCGCAAUGAGCGCAUCUCCUGUUGUGAGUGCGGUCGCGUCUGGAUCGACCGCACCAAUUGAGGUUGUUGGAAAAUGGUUUAACGAGAUGUGGAAAGAGUACGAGAAAGCUGUAAAGAGACAGAGAGGUUUGGUUUUAUCGAUGGAGACCGGAGCGAAAGUUAACAAUGUAGUGACUGAGAAUAUAAGAGUCGAAGUUGAUAAACUGAGAAUCAAGAUCUUAUGGAUUCUGGAGACUGUGGAGUUUGCUGUGGAAAGAGGAGAAGAAGAGGUGGCUACAAGACUUGCGAUGCAAGAAAUCAGGAAGAAAGUUGAUGGGUUUACUGAGAAAAUCGAGGAAGUUGGUGAAAAUGCAGCUAAAUGUAGCAAAUUCAUUGCUUUGGGGAGACUUCUGGUUUUGGGACACAUCAUUAAGUUACCCUCUGAUUCAAAGGAACUUGUGAAUAUCACCAAUGGUGGUGUUUAA